AUGUCAUCAGCACAUAGACCCACGUUUGAUCACGCUAGGGGGAAGGAGAAGAAGGUGGCUUCUACUAUUUCCCAUAAAAGAGCCCUUCCGUCCCACUCAAAAUUGAAGUUUCGAAGUAAGAAGGCACGCAAUAACAAGGAAUUCUACAAUUACAGUAAGGAAGAAACUGGUGAGUCUAGCUAUAAUGUCAAUCAGGAAUUACUAGAACCCCUUCGAUCAGAUAUUCAGAAAACUGUACAAACUAUUGAAACAAGAGCUAAAGAAGAAGUUGAUUCACUUAAUGAAAGAGUCGGCGACGCAACAAGCAGCGAUGGAAAGGGUGAAGGCACCGAGAAUGAAGUCACAUAUGAAAGUGCCAGAGUUGGCGAAAACCAUGAUGAAGAAGAAAGUGCUGCAGAAUCUGAAGAUGAGUCGCAGAGUGGUAGUGAAACUGGAAGUGACGAAGAUGAAGACGAGGACGAGGCUUUAUUAAAGGAGAUAGAGAACAUUCGGAAAGAAAGAGAAGAAGCCAAAAGGAAGGCUGAGGAGGAGAAGAUAGAACAGCGAGCCAUGUCAUCGAAUCCUUUGUUGUCCGUUGAGGGGAGUAAUGAAGGGGUUGCUCCUGACAUGAAGCCGAAGAAAAAAUCAUGGAGAAGUGUGAAAACAAUGUCAAAGAAACCGAACAUGAGCCAUACAGACAGGUUCUCCAACGAUACCUUAAAAAGUGACUUUCAUAAGGAUUUCCUUGACCGUUAUAUUCAGUGA